AUUAACUUCCUCCCUCCAUAGCUUCCUCGAAGCGUCCAUUCCUUUUGUACUACCAAGAUGCAUUUCUCUUACCUUUUGAUCGCUGCGCUUUUCAGCCCUAUCAAUGCGUUACCCGCUUCCAGUUCGUAUUCGGCACCGGCUCCUGUUUCGCGGGCACCAGGAUUACUAGGUCUGACAGAUGGACUCGGCAAAGUUGUCGAUGGCUUGUUAGACAGGAUUCACGACGAAACCGAAGAGUUGACCACCGCAGUGCUUGCACUUCUUCAGCAGCUAGAUGAGGUUGUGCCUACUGCGACGCCUACUUCUAUCGAAGACGUAGCCACGAUCCUCAAAGGCAUUGCUGGAGCGGAGCCUACGACUUUUAUCGAGAGUGUCGUAUCUCUCGCUAAAAACGGUCUUGGUCCAGGCAGCUUUGAGGGCGUUUUCAAACAGUACUCUGCCGGAUCGAACAGCGAAAACAAUGUCAAUGAACGCGAGCCAUCGAAGAAGCUCUAUCCCAGCGCUGGUGACAAUGAUGCGCCUUACUCUAUCGAUGAAGAGACCCUAAGAGCUGCCAUCUACAUUCCCGACACUUUUACCUACGGUGAAAAGCCACCCGUUAUCCUUGUGCCCGGCACUGCCACGAAGGGCGGACUUUGCUACGAGGCAAACCUUGCCAAACUUCUCACAAAGGAAGAUUAUGCUGAUCCCUUGUGGCUUAACAUACCUGGGUGGCUUUUGGAAAGCGCUCCCUGGAAUUCUGAGUUCGUCGCUUACGCUAUCAACUACAUCGCGGACAUCACUUCUCAGAAUGUCAGCGUCAUUGCAUUGUCUCAAGGAAAUCUUGACACCCAGUGGGCUCUAACGUACUGGCCUUCCACGCGCAACGUCGUCAGCGACUACAUAGCUGUAUCGCCUGACUAUCACGGAUCUAUCCUCCUCGAUUUUCUCUGUCCCAAGCUUACAGAAGGCAUCGUCGGCUGUGCUCCUGCUGUAAUUCAGCAGAAGUACAACGCAAAGUUCAUUGAGCACUUCCGAUCAGUGGGCGGUGCUUCUGCAUGGGUACCCACGACAACUGUAUACACAGGCACGGACGAUGUUGUACAACCUCAGCAUGGUACAAACGCAUCCGCCCUUCUAGGGGAUGAUCGUGAUGUCGGAGUCCUCAAUGUUGAGCUUCAACUGCAUUGCCCGCUCCUUUCACCUGCCUUAGUCGGCACCCACGAGAGUCUCUUGUGGGGCCAGCCACUCCAGGUUUUGAUCAAAGACGCGCUGACGCACGAUGGUCCUGCUUCCAUCGAACGCAUCUCUGAUUGGAACGAUGCAUGCUCCAUGCUUGCUGCAGAAGGCCUGGGAGUGGCUGACGUUGUUGGAACAACUGCUGCCGUGCCAGUAGCCUUUGCGGCUAUGUUCCUCUACGACAAGAAGGUUCUGUAUGAGCCUGCACUACCUGCGUACGCGGCUUGAGUUCUGUUGCCGUUCGAACAAUCCUGGAAACCGUAAACUAAGUGUCCAUUUGCCUGUAUUUGACUUUUAGACCUCUUCAGUAAUUGAUUCAAUCCAUCAACUACAUGUACAGCUC